UCGUUUUUUUGUGUUCCGGUUCGCGCUUCCGCUCGGGCUGAAUUUCGUGCUUUGCUGUUACAGUAGUGAACUAGGGAUUUGGGGAUGGAGACGGAUCUGGGGCGACAAAGCUCGAUGUGUAUAGAUCUGAUGUUCAAAUCUCGAUCUGGAGGACCUGCCGCUGCUCGAAUUGCCGCCGGCACCGGCCAGUGCCUCUGAGAAGGAAGAAACAUGGAAAGGAUCAGGAGAGGACAAGGCGGCGGCGGAGAGGCAGAACGCCUCUUUCUCUCUCCGUCGAGGAGACGGCUUCCAAGGAUUCUCUGGAGACCAAGGUGUCGCUUUCUCUAGGGCUUUCGGGGUUCUUGACUCUAGAACAAAAGAAAUCUUGAGCAAGAAGCGUGCCCUAAUUUGGACAAGGUUUGCUUUCUCGGGGCUAUGUCGAGGCAUGAUCGUAGAAGGCUAUCUGAUGAUUAUGAGAUCGCCGAUGUCCUUGGUCGUGGGGGAUUCUCCGUGGUGAGAAAGGGCAUCAGCAAAUCAACCGGCGAAAUGAGCCAGGUUGCUAUCAAGACCCUCAGGCGGUUCGGCUACAUGGCUCCUGGGUCAAAGCGGAAGAACGAUGGUCUCGAUAGCAUAACCACAUGGAAGCAGGUCUCCAUAUCGGAUGCUUUGCUAACCAAUGAAAUCCUAGUCAUGCGGCGGAUUGUGGAGAAGGUCUCCCCUCACAACAACGUACUCAACCUUUACGAUGUGUACGACGAUUCAGAUGGAGUUCAUCUUGUCCUGGAACUUUGUCACGGCGGGGAGCUGUUUGAUAGAAUCGUGACUCAUGACCGAUACUCAGAAUUUGAAGCAGCUGUGGUCAUUAGGCAGAUUGCCAGUGGAUUGGAGGCACUUCAUAAAGCAAACAUCAUCCAUCGCGAUCUUAAACCGGAGAACUGCUUGUUCUUGGACAGAACCAUGUCCCAUUUGAAGAUAAUGGACUUUGGCUUGAGUUCUGUGGAGGAUCACUCUGAUCCUAUCGUCGCACUGUUUGGAUCGAUUGACUAUGUCUCGCCUGAAGCUCUAUCCCGGCACCAAGUUUCAGCAGCUAGUGAUAUGUGGUCUCUUGGGGUCAUCCUAUAUAUCCUUCUAUCAGGAUGCCCGCCGUUUACAGCAGCAACCAAUCGUGAAAAGCAGCAACGUAUACUAAAUGGUGAUUUUAACUUUGAGGAUCCAACAUGGAAGACUAUUUCACUCUCGGCGAAGGAUUUAAUAUCUAGACUGUUGUCAGUAGAGCCUUACAAAAGACCAACUGCUACUGAUCUACUAAAGCAUCCAUGGGUUAUAGGGGAUUCUGCAAGACAGGACCUCAUGGUUCCAGAGGUUGUCACUAAACUGCAAAAAUUUAAUGCUAGGAGGAAAUUGCGUGCAGCUGCUAUAGCAAGUGUGUUAAGCAGCAAGGUUGCACUAAGAACAAAGAAACUGAAGAGCCUGCUAGGGUCACAUGAUCUCACCCCGGAGGAAUUGGAAAAUCUACGGCUACACUUCAAGAGGAUAUGUUCAAACGGAGAGAAUGCCACUUUGUCAGAAUUUGAGGAAGUCUUGAAGGCGAUGAACAUGAAUUCACUAAUACCCCUAGCUUCUCGUGUUUUUGAUCUAUUUGACAACAACCGGGAUGGAACUGUUGACAUGAGAGAGAUCCUUUGCGGCCUUUCAAGUCUAAAGAAUUCACGAGGAGACGAGGCUCUACGACUUUGUUUUCAGAUGUAUGACACAGACAGGUCUGGCUAUAUCAGCAAGGAAGAACUGGCAUCAAUGCUUCGAGCCCUGCCAGAGGAUUGUUUACCUUUGGAUAUAGCUGAACCAGGGAAGCUGGAUGAGAUAUUUGAUCAGAUGGAUGCAAAUAGCGAUGGGAAGGUCACAUUCGACGAGUUCAAAGCAGCGAUGCAGGUUGAUAGCUCUCUGCAAGACGUCGUCUUGUCUUCCUUGCGACCACUCUAAGAGAGUUUGAUGAGGUUUCCCGUGAGUAUUAAUGCUUGCAAUUUAGGAAUACGUAGAGAUAUAAAUGUUGGUAAUGACAAUUGUGGUUCUCUAAAGUUUGCAAGAAUCAGUGCUUGAUGCAAUUGUAGCGGUUGCACUUUACAAACAUUUUAAUAUGUUUCAAAUUAUAUUUGUAAUUA